CCUCAGGGACUGCAGUGAAUGGGGCAUGCCUGGUGCUGUAUAGCAUUUAACGCAACAAAUCUGAUGCUGGGUGGAGUUCCAGAAGAGCAAGAAUGUGGAAUCCUGCACAUUUUUCUUCCUAGCAAAUUGUUUUUAACCUCCACAGGCUACACAUAAAAAUGUCUACAGAUGUUCCUAGAGAAAUAGGUGUGUGGCGGCAAACCAGAGCUCUUUUGUACAAGAACUGCCUAGUAAAAUGGAGGACCAAAAAGACUAGUGUUCAGGAAGUCCUGAUUCCACUUUCAUUGUUAAGUUUGCUGAUAAUAAUAAGUAUGAUACAGCCAAACAAAAGACAGGAUGAGGUGCCAGAUUCUACUCUUUAUUCUGAGAAUCGUUCCAACAUCUCAGAGUUUAUUGUUGGCUACACACCAGUAAAUUAUGAGACAAGAAAAAUUAUGGACAAAAUGUUUUCCGAAUCCUGUAUGGAAGGAAAAGACGCAAGAGAAUUUUCGACUGAGAAAGAAAUGGAAGAGGCUCGUAGUCUUUAUAGCUCAGAAAAAUUUGUAGGUGUAAUUUUCAAAGAUUCCAUGUCCUACCAUCUCAGAUUUCCUCCUACACUUGUUCCAGCAUCUUCAAUCCAUGUGGAAUCAAAAACCAGUUGCUCAAGCCCUUCCCAGAUGUGUGAAGCUACAACAUAUUGGCACUAUGGUUUUUCAGCGCUACAGAUCUGCCUUGAUGCAGCAAUUAUACAGUUAAAGACUAACCACUCAGUUUUAGAAGAACUGGAAUCAACAAAAGCCAUCAUGAUGGGAAAGUCUGCUGUUGUGGAAAUAGAUGACUUUUUUCGUGCAGUUGUUUUAAUUUACCUAGUGAUUGCCUUUUCACCCUUUGGCUAUUACUUGACAAUCCAUAUUAUGACAGAAAAGGAGAAGAAAUUGAAGGAAUUCUUAAUUGUAAUGGGACUUCAUGACACAGCUUUUUGGCUUUCUUGGGUCUUACUAUACACCAGUCUGAUAAUUGUCAUGUCUCUUCUCAUGUCAGUAAUUGCAACAUUUUCUUCGCUCUUUCCCAAAAGUAGCAGCUUUGUGAUAUUUCUUCUUUUCUCCCUAUAUGGAAUAUCCUCCGUUUCCUUUGCGUUUAUGUUAACUUCCAUUUUUAAAAAAUCAACACAUGCUGGCUCAGCUCAAUAUUUCACGACCGUGGUUUUUGGUGCUGUGGGUCUGACCAUUGUCCUGGUGGAUGACUUUCCAAAGUCUUUUGUGUGGUCAUUAAGCCCGCUGUGUGAAUGCACAUUUUUAGUUGGUGUUGCACAGGUUAUGCAUCUGGAAGAUUAUGAAGAAGGAGCUGUUUUGUCAAGUUUAACUCAUGGUCCUUAUCCACUAAUUAUUACAUUUACGCUAUUGACCCUUGAUAGCAUGCUUUAUCUACUCCUAGGGAUUUAUCUGGAUCAGGUGCUUCCAGGGGAAUAUGGAUUACGGCGAGGUUUUUUCUUCUUUCUGAAACCCUCAUUUUGGGUAAAGCGAACAAGAAAUUAUAAAGAAUUAAAUGAUAGCAGCGUUAGUGGGAGCUUUGAUUUCACUGAGAUAAUCGAGCCUGUAUCUCCUGAAUUUCUAGGAAAAGAAGCAAUCAGAAUCAACCAUGUCCAGAAAACUUUUGUUAAAAAGGGUGAAACUGUGGAGGCUCUGAAAAGUUUAUACUUUGACAUAUAUGAAGGUCAGAUCACAGCGUUACUUGGACAUAGUGGAACAGGAAAGACAACGCUAAUGAACAUUCUUUCUGGGUUGUGCCCACCAUCUGAUGGGUUUGCAUCCAUCUAUGGAUAUAGAGUUUCUGAAAUAGAUGAAAUGCUAGAUAUAAGAAAGAUAAUAGGAGUUUGCCAGCAAUUAGAUAUAUAUUUUGAUGUAUUAACUGUGCAAGAGAAUUUAUCAGUAGUUGCCUCAAUUAAAGGGAUACCUCCCAAUGAUAUGAUACAAGAGGUUCAGAAAGUUUUACUAGAUUUGGAUAUGCAACCCAUUAAAGAUAACCAGGCUAAAAAACUAAGUGGAGGACAGAAAAGGAAGCUGUCAGUAGGAUUUGCAGUUCUUGGAGAUCCAAAGGUAUUACUCUUAGAUGAACCAACUGCUGGUAUGGAUCCAUGCUCUCGACAUACAGUCUGGAACCUCCUGAAAAACAGAAAAGCCAAUCGAGUGACCCUGUUCAGUACCCAUUUCAUGGAUGAAGCAGACAUAAUUGCUGAUCGGAAAGCUGUGAUUUCUCAAGGAAUGCUGAAAUGUCUUGGCUCUUCACUCUUCCUUAAGACAAAAUGGGGAAUUGGCUAUCGCUUGAGUAUGCAAAUAGACAGGUACUGUAACACAGAAGGUACAGCAUCUUUGAUCAGACAGCAUAUCCCCGGAUCUGUUAUGUUAAAACAGAAUGAAGAGCAGCUUUUGUAUGCCUUACCAUUUAAAGACAUGGACAAGUUUUCAGCACUAUUUGCUGAUCUAGACACUCAUUCCCAUUUGGGUGUUAUUUCUUAUGGUGUUUCUAUGACAACUUUGGAAGAUGUGUUCCUCAAGCUGGAAGUUGAAGAAGUUGAUCAAGCAGAUUGUGGCAUUUUUAACCCAGACAAAAGUGAAGAGGAAAUGGAUGCAAAAUCUCUUGAUGAGUUAGAUCAAAGCCUCCUAAUGCUAUCUGAGACAGCAUCUUGUGCAGUGAGCAACAAGUCUCUUUGGAAAAGACAGGUCAUUACUAUGGCAAAGGUUCAUUUUCUGAGCUUCAAACGUGACAUUAAAUCGAUGUCAGAAGUGUUCUUGCUAUUUACAAUGUUUCUCGGUGUUGAGAUUCUUAUGUUUCAUAUGUAUCAAGUAUACUUAAAAUAUGCUGUGGCUCCUAUCAAACUCUCUCCAGACUUAUAUUUUCUUAAACCAAAUGAAACUCAUCAUAAGUACAAAACCAGUCUCCUCAUUCAAAACUCCACUGGAUCAGGCAUUGAUGACAUUAUCCGCUCCCUUAGGGGCUACAAUAUACUGACAGAAACAUUCAAUGGCAGUGAUUAUGUAUCAGUUGCCCCUCACAGUGCAGCAUUAAAUGUCUCUCAUGCGGACAAGAGCUACAUCUUUACAGUUGCUUUUAAUAGUACCAUGGUACAUUCUUUACCUGUUAUGAUGAAUGUUAUUAGUAACCUGUAUCUGCACAAUUUAAAUGUAACUGGAAAUAUCCUUGUCUGGAGUAGCUCUUACUUUCAAAAAAUUACUGACAGAGGAUUCAUAAUGGUGCUGGUUGUUCAGAGUUUGACAUUAGGGAUCACAAUAACGGGGAUGCCAUCCUAUUUUGCCAUGGAAAAUGCAGAAAAUCACAGGAUGAAAGCCUACACUCAACUUAAAAUAUCAGGUCUUUAUCCAUCUGCUUACUGGUGUGGACAAGCACUAGUUGACAUUCCUUUAUAUUACAUUAUUCUCUUUCUGAUGACGGGAAUCUUGUUUGUAGUUCACCAUGAAAUUAAUUAUUCUUCUACAGAGUUUCUAGCUGUGGUUUUUUGCCUUAUUGGCUAUGUACCUUCAGUAAUUCUGUUCCAUUAUGUUGUCUCUUUCACCUUUAAAACCAUACAGAACACCAAAGAAUUUUGGUCAUUCAUUUUUUCAACAGUAGCUUUGAUUUGUAUUAUCGUUGCUGAUGUAGCUUUUACUCAGUGGUCUGAAUUAGCCAUUAUAAUUCACACUUGCUUUUGUGUCUUCAUUCCAAUCUAUCCUCUUAUUGGGUGUUUGAUUUCUCUUAUAGAGGUAGCCAAGAAACUUGGUCAAAAGAUGGAAGGAAAUACAGAAAGACUGUUGGUUUCUGUAGUAGUGCCUUAUUUGCAAUGUGUAAUUUGGCUCUUCCUUCUACGCUAUCUUGAGGUGAAGUGUGGAGGCAAAUCAAUGAGAGAGGACCCAUUUUUCAGAACUCCUGUAAAACUCAAGCCCUGGAAAUUUCCAGAUGUGCCCCAGGAUGAGGAUGAGGAUGAAGAUGUUAUGGCUGAGAGGUUGAGGGUGAAAGACAUGACAACCUUACAGAGCUGUGAGGAGAAACCAGUAAUUUUGGUCAGCAGCUUGCAUAAAGAUUAUGAUGAAAAGACAGAUUUUCUUCUUGGAAGAAAAAUUAAGAAAGUGGCAACUGAUCAUGUCUCUCUUUGUGUAAAAAAAGGGGAAAUUCUGGGAGUGUUAGGGCCAAAUGGAGCUGGGAAGAGCACACUGAUUAAUAUUCUGGUGGGAGAAGUUGAACCAACUUCAGGCCAGGUGCUGAUGGGAGAUUAUUCUUUAGGUGAGAAUAACAAGGAUAAUUCCAUGAGAUUUAUGGGAUACUGUCCACAGACAAAUCCACUUUGGCCCAAUAUUACAUUACAGGAGCAUUUUGAAAUAUAUGGUGCUAUCAAAGGAAUGAGUGCUAGUGACAUGACGGAAGUCAUAAAAUGCAUUUCCAGUGCACUUGAUCUUAAGGAACAUCUAAAGAAAAGAGCAAAGAAACUUGGAGCAGGAAUCAAAAGAAAGUUAUGUUUUGCAUUAAGUAUGCUUGGUAACCCUUAUACUACUCUACUAGAUGAGCCAUCAACUGGUAUGGAUCCUAUAGAAAUACAGCAGAUGUGGAAAGCAAUUCGAGCUGCCUUUAAAAAUAAAAACAGAGCAGCUAUUCUGACAACUCAUUAUAUGGCAGAAGCUGAAGCGGUGUGUGACCGGGUGGCGAUCUUGGUGUCUGGGAAAUUAAGGUGUAUCGGCACAGUUCAACAUCUCAAGAGUAAAUUUGGCAGAGGAUAUUUCUUGGAAAUGAAAUUAAAAGAAGUGCCAGAUAUACUGCAGAAGGAGCGUGUUCAAAGGAAAAUUUUGCGCAUCUUUCCAAAUGCAAUUUGUCAGAAAAGUUUUGCCUCAAUUUUGGCGUAUAAAAUUCCAAACGAAGAUGUCCAGUCACUUGCACUGUCUUUUUCUAAACUGGAGGAAGCAAAACAUGCCUUUAAUAUUGAAGAGUACAGCUUCUCUCAAGCAACACUUGAACAGGUAUUUGUGGAACUUGUCAAAGAGCAAGAGGAGGAAGACAGCAAUUUUGGAACACUGAAUGGAACAAUUAGUUGGGAAAGAUCCCAGGGGGAGCGAGUUGUUUUCUGAUCUCUUCCAAAUUAUGGAAUCCAAAUGAUUCAUCAGGGUUUAAUAAGGGGCUGUUUUUGUUAUUUUGGAGUGUGCAAUAAACACAAUGAAUUUGGAACAUGUUCCUAAGCAACUGAGUGUUCACCUUCUUUGCCUUAUUAAUAGUAUAAAUAUUCUUAAUUGCCUUUAUUUUUAAAUACUCUUAUUACUGAUCUAUGACUUGAAUGAAAGGGGCUCUUCUCUGGAUCCAAACCACUCUUUUAAAAAUAUCCUUUUUAUAUGUGCUGCAUUUUAUGAAACUUAAUUUUAAGAAUCACGUUCUGUAGGUAUAGGAAGAUCACUUUGUGACAUGAGUUGCAAUCUUCAGUAUAAUGA